AUGGAAGACCUCACUGGGCGCCUCGCGCCUCGAUCCUACGGGACGAACGCUACAUACAUUUACUAUUAUUCUCGUGGUCUCGGAGGCGUCAAUGUUUCCGAAGAUGACUUAAUUUCCUGGAUCAUCCUCGGCUCCAUCCUUGUCGCCGCGAUGGUCAUCCUCUGCGGUCGUGUUGCUCAGGUCAGCCAUGCGUAUCUCCGCCAGAUCUCGUCCUUGACGGCGACCAGAAAAUACCAGACCUUCUGGAGCAUCGAAACCUCCUAUUUGUGGGCAAACCUGAAGAAACAUGUGCUGUAUGCUCCCUUGGGCAACAAGAGACACAACCGGGAGAUGCAGCUUUCAUCCGCGCUGAACAUGGGCACUCUGCCGUCGAGAUUCCACAGCAUUCUGCUUCUGCUGUACAUCGUCAGCCAAAUCGUUUACUGUUGCUAUUUGAACUACAGCGAGAACUCGAAAGCCGCGCUGUGGGCCGAGCUCCGUGGACGGUCUGGCGUUCUGGCCGUUCUGAACAUGGUUCCUCUGUUCAUCCUCGCUGGACGCAAUAACCCACUUAUUUCCCUCUUGCACGUUAGCUUUGAUACCUACAACCUGCUUCACCGCUGGCUCGGGAGAAUCGUUAUGGUGGAAUCGGUAGUGCACACCGUCGCUUGGGCUGUCAAUGCCAUCGACGAACAGAGUUUCGAGGCCAUGCUCCAGCGUCUGGCCGAUACCCCGUUCUUCUUCUGGGGGAUGGUGGGAACCUGUGGCUUGGUCUUCCUUGUCUGCCAUUCUCUGUCGCCGAUCCGGCAUGCAUUCUACGAGACGUUUUUGCACCUGCACCAGCUUGCCGCUUUAUUGGCGUGCGUCGGCAUCUACCUGCACUUGAAGCUCGACGACCUGCCGCAGAUUCCUUGGUUUCAGGCCAUCGCCGGGAUUUGGAUCUUCGAUCGCACCGCUCGGCUGUUACGGCUAAUCUACCUCAACUUCUCGUUCAGGAACGGAACCACUCGCCUCGUCGUUGAAGCGUUGCCCGGCGAAGCCUGCCGAGUGACCUACCACCUCCCGAAGCGUGUUCACUUCGACCCGGGCUGCCAUGUCUACGCCUACAUCCCGAGCAUCUCGAAGUGGAUGUCCCACCCUUUCUCGGUGGCCUGGGUGGAGCCCGGUGACUGUGUGACCGAUUUCGCUUACCCAGCCCAAUCGUCCUCGUCCUCAUCGUCGUCCUCGCCCGCGCAAAGCCCCCUGGAUCUCGAGAAGCAGACGCUAUACGAUCUAGACGGCUUCCCCUUGAAAGCCAGCCAGAAACCGACGUCGGUAUCGCUCAUCGUCGGGGCCCGCCAAGGCAUGACCCGCAAACUGUACAACACUGCCCUAGCGGCCCCGAAGCGAACCCUGUACAUCUCCGGCGCCAUCGAGGGCCCGUACCAGUCUCACCCGUCCUCGUUCGGCAGCUACGGCACCGCCGUGCUCUUCUCCGCCGGCGCAGGCAUCACGCACCACAUGCUGCACGUGCGGGAUCUCCUUAUCCGGGCGGCAGAGGGCCGCGUCGCGACCCGCAAGAUCUGCCUGGUCUGGUCGGUGCGCAACACGGACCAUCUGUCCUGGGUGCGCGAGUACAUGGACUCGAUCCUGCGCCUGCCCAACCGCCGCGAGGUCCUGACCAUCAAGCUCUUCGUCUCCAAGCCCAAGAGCAGCCGCGAGAUCACCUCCCCAAGCGCCAGCGUGCAGAUGUUCCCCGGCCGCUGUCGCCCGGACGUCGUCCUCGACGAAUUCAUCUCGCAGCGUGUCGGCGCCGUCGCUGUCUCCGUCUGCGGGCCGGGCGCCUUUGCAGACGAGGUCCGCGUCGCCGCUCGUAGCCGUAUCGGUAAGGGUGCCGUCGUGGACUUUUUCGAGGAAGCUUUUACCUGGUAG